AUGGCUUACCAUUUCAACGACCCUGCUGCGAAUCCAGGUGGACUCAACCCGGAGUACGCAAAUCAAACACCUGCUAGCCCUUCUCAAGGCCGCAGGGUGACACUCGACGACCUGGCCGCUCCAUUCUCCCCAGAGGAGAUCAACUCCUUCCGCACAGGGCUUGACGAGACUGUGUGGGCGUUUAUCAACUCGUUAGGUCCACAACCAGCUGAAAUGACCACAGAAGAAUACAUUAACUGGGCAUUUCAGCAGGUUGUGGAACCUCUUCCAGGCAUGAGAAUGACCAUCGGAAUGAUGGCCACUUCCCUAUCUCCCGAUAUGAUAGAUAGGAUGAACGCCUUUAAUGUCGAGUAUGCGCCACGAAACAUGCAGCUUAUCUCUGGAGAGCCUUCUGAGCCUGCGUCCCUAUCUCCUGAUAUGAUGGAUGGGUUGAACGCCUUCAACGUCGACUAUGCGCAACAAAACAUGCUUUCUGAGCCUGCUUCCCUAUCUCCCGAUAUGAUGGAUGGGAUGAACGCCUUUAACGUCGACUAUGCGCAACAAAACAUGCCGUUUAUCUCUGGACAGCCUCCCCAGCCUGCUUCCCUAUCUCCUAAUAUGAUAGAUGGAAUGAACGGCUUCAAUGUCGACUAUGAGCAACAAAACAUGCAAUUCAUCUCUGGACAGCCUUUCCAGCCUGCCCAGCCUUUUCAGCCUACCCAGCGAUCUCAGCAGAUGAACGCACCCCAAUGGUACCUAAGGGGCACGCAACGAACCUUGGUAGACUGCUACGGCACCCAGUUUGAGUCUUACAAGUGCUCUGACGGUCAGUGGCGUGUACUGCUAGGAGAGGACUUGGAAGGUGCUAGGAGACGAACCUCAAACCUCCAAGCUCCUGUCCGGGCUCCUAUUCCCCGACCUGCACCCCUUCAGACUCCAGUUUCCAAUAAACAGUCUGGUAAUGCAUCUGAGCAAACAGCGCAUUUUCAAUGA